AUGGCUGUGGGUCAGUGCAGCUCUCUUCUCUGGUCGGGCAGACCAUGCACGCCGAGAAUACCCUUAUCCCCUGUCGCGCCCUCUCCCAUUCUCUCAACUCCUAGCCCCACUCCCAUUCGCGCAAGUUCCAAACAAUUGAGGCUUUCAACGUCCAGGAUUGGUAGGGUUGUUGCUGCUGUGGUUUCUGAGAAAAGCACAAUUCAGUCGAGUUUCGCCGGCACUGAUGGGUUCAAACUCACUUACUUGGAGGGGAAUAGCUGGUUGUGGGAUGUGGGUGGGUUGAAAAUUUUGGUCGAUCCAAUCUUGGUGGGUAAUUUGGAUUUUGGGAUCCCCUGGCUUUAUGAUGCUGCCAAGAAGUUUUUGAAGAAUUUCCAGCUAAGUGAUCUUCCAGAAGUUGAUUGUUUACUAAUCACACAAAGCCUCGAUGACCACUGCCAUUUGAAGACUUUAAAGCCGCUCUCUGAAAAGUACCUGAAUCUUAGAGUAAUAGCUACACCCAAUGCUCAGACAUUGUUGGAUCCCCUUUUCAGCAAUGUCACAUAUAUGGAACCUGGUCAGAGCUCCGUAAUUGAAGCAAGAAGUGGUUCUACAGUCAAAGUUCAGGCCACUGCAGGGCCUGUUCUUGGUCCUCCUUGGCAGCGCCCAGAAAAUGGAUAUCUUGUCAGUUCUCCACAAGGGAAAUUUACUCUUUACUAUGAACCCCAUUGUGUAUACAACAAGAGUUCAGUGGAGAAGGAAAGGGCUGACAUUGUCAUCACGCCGGUCAUAAAGCAGCUUCUGCCUAAAUUUACUUUGGUGUCUGGACAAGAAGAUGCAGUUGAACUUGCAAAGCUGCUGCAUGCCAAGUUCAUUGUCCCAAUGACAAACGGAGACUUGGAUAGCAAAGGGCUUCUUGCUAGUUUAGUUCAGGCUGAAGGAACAAUAGAAUCAUUCAAGGAACUUUUGUCCAAGGAAUUACCAGAUGCGCAGGUACUGCAGCCUACUCCUGGUGUACCUCUAGAGAUCCCACCACUUUCCAACCUCCCAUAA